AUUAUUCUUUUAUUCAACUGGUCUUCGCGGCGCAGUUUGUACUUUGAGAGCCGAUCUUCGCAGUCCCGCAAACGAGACGCUAACGCGCGCACUCGACUCCCUUCGACGAAUCCAUUAAUGCCACCACAGCUAGAGCUUCAAGGCGCCCAGAUCGUUUCAUGUUGAUUUGGGCAUUGAGGGUGGGCUAAGCGGUAACGAAACGGCUUAUAGAGGACUUAUUAAAAUUUAGGGCUUAUAAAAUGGAUGGGGAGGAUAAGAAGUGCGGGUCCAAGAAAAGAUUGAAGCCGGCUGAGAUUGGUUUUGAGGCGGAUGAGGAUGAGCCAAUUGGGUCUUUGCUCAAGUUGAAGAGACCCCGAAAUGCUAAGAAGGUCAAGUCAGGGUUAGAGAGUGGCGGUGAUGGGCUCAGGAAGUUUGAAGUUAGAGAAGUGAAAUUGGAGGUUGAGGCUGAAAAUUUGGGCGAAAUGGAUGAUACUUUGGCGAGUUUCAGGAAGAAGUUGAGGGGUCCAAAGAAAGACAGUGGAUCUGGAAUUGUUAGGGGAAGGAGUUCUUCUUUGAAUGUAGUGGAUUCUUCUGAUAGAUCAUUGAAUGGGCCUACAAACAAUGGGGGAUUGGAUGAAAAACUGAUAUCUAAGGUUGUGGGGGAAGUUCAUGUAAUGGGCGAUGAUGGUUCUGAUAUGACCAUGGAUGUAGGGGUAGCAAACAAGUGUAAAGGGAAAGUUAAGAAACCCAAGAUAAAUUCAGUACCGAAAACAGCUGGUUAUGUUGCAUUUACUACUGAUUUAGAGUCUCUGGGAUCUGGAUGUAGUUCUUGGAGGGAGCAAGAGUCUAAUUUGUGGCCUGGGGAAGGUCCUGAUCAGUUUGUGGAUGAGCCUUUGGAAGACUCGAUAUCAGCAUUUGUUCGCAAGGCACAAUCUGGCACUAGGAAAUAUCGUGCAUCUUCAAGUUCAAAGCAGAAAACGGAAGAUGAGACUUUGGAGGAUGGUUUCAGCCCUUGCUCUGAAAGUGUUUCGGGGGUUUCUAAGCCUGUGACCGGAAGGAGACUUAGAUCUGGUUCUACCUCAAAACUUGACUGCAAUGGUUUGAAAUCCAGAAAUGAAAGAUCUGAUGACUGUUCUUCUCAAGUUUCUGACUUCGUUGAAGAGAAUCAUGAUUCAAAUAGAAGGCUUCCUUCUAAUUCAGCAGUUAAACUGGAGAGUAUGAAACCCAAUGACAAUAGACACCGAUUAUCUUCCGAAGUUAUUUUAGAGGUUCCACCUCCAGUUUCACCAACUUCAAUAUCCCUUCUAGAGGGAUCCAAGAUGAGGCUACAGAGGACCCUUGUGGUUCAAAUGCUCAAGGAGGAUCUAAAAUAA